GCCGGGGGGAGAGAAGGAGGGAGGGAGGUUCCCUCUGCGGUGGCCAUGGCGGCGUGCGUGCGGCUGGGCGCCGCGGCGCGGAUGCCCCUGCUGGGCCUGGGCACCUGGAAGGCCCCACCAGGGAAGGUAGAAGGUGCCGUGAUGGCUGCUAUCGACGCCGGGUACCGGCACUUCGACUGUGCCUACGUGUACCAGAACGAGAGCGAAGUCGGGGAGGGGAUCCAGCAGAAGGUCCAGGAGGGCGCUGUGAAGCGGGAGGACCUCUUCGUCGUCAGCAAGCUUUGGUGCACGUUCCAUGACAAAUCUCUGGUGAAGGGAGCCUGCCAGAAGACUCUUGCUGCCCUGAAACUGGAUUACCUGGAUCUCUAUCUUAUCCACUGGCCUUUUGGGUUUAAGGCAGGAGAGGAGCUGUUUCCCACUGACGACAAAGGCAUGUCUAUACCCAGCAACACUGAUAUUCUACAUACAUGGGAGGCCAUGGAAGAGCUGGUGGAUGCUGGUCUGGUCAAAGCCAUUGGAAUCUCCAACUUCAACCGUGAGCAGACUGAAAGAAUCUUGAACAAGCCAGGACUGAAAUACAAGCCUGUAAAUAACCAGAUUGAAUGCCAUCCAUACCUUACCCAGGAGAAGCUGAUCAACUACUGCCAAUCAAAAGGGAUUGUUGUGACAGCAUAUUGUCCCCUUGGACGCCCUGACAGUGGAAGAGAAGGUCCCUCUGGCAUACUUCUGGAUGACCCCAAGAUUAAAGAGAUUGCAGCAAAGCACAACAAAACCCCAGCACAGGUGGUUCUUCGGUUUCAGAUCCAGAGAAAUGUGGUUGUGAUUCCGAAGUCUGUCACACCGCAGCGUAUUGUCGAGAAUGCCAAGGUGUUUGACUUUGAAUUGACUAAAGAGGAGAUGGCAACCAUUCUCAAUUUAAACAGAAACUGGAGAAUCUGUGAAAUGAUCACGUGCAAAACGCACAAGGAAUACCCUUUCAAUGCAGAAUAUUGAGGACAGCUUUAUCCUUCUCUGCUCCAGACCUCAUCUGGUCUAAUGAGCUUCUACCGUGGCCUAGAGCUGUCCACUACAUAGCCUGCCAGCUGUAUCUGUCCUGCUGCUGCCAGCAAAGACACAGUAUAUAUACCUAGCAACUUUUUGUCUGUAUCCUUCUUCUUUGUAGAAGGAAAAAAUAAAAGUGUUCUAAAGAACAAAA